GCUUCCGGAACGUCAGUCGCUGCCAGUCGUACCCAGAGCGAAAGGGAAAAUGUCGGCGCGCUGUCGACGGGGCUUGUCGUGCCGUCAGUGACUACUCGCCCGAUACGUGAUACGACGCGUACCCCGUCCUCUGCGAUUUUAACUGUGAAAAGUCCGAUCGUAAAGCGUGUUGAUACAUUUCGGUCGAUGUGUAGCGCGAUUUGAUUCAAACUGCGUGCGCGAGAAAGACAGGAAGAUAGUGAGAGAAAGAGAGCGAGCGAACGAGCGAGACAGAUUGCGAGACGGAGGAACGAGUGGAAGAGUGAGAGAGGGUAAAAGACAGAGCAGGUGCAAAACUACACCGCUGUGUAGGGAUCGCCGCGCGAGAGAAGAGCUGGACAGCGGAGGAGGAGAGAGAGAAGGCACACGGAGGAGAGUAGUGACAUGGCGUCGUUGGCGAUAUCAAUAGCGAAGAAUGAGUUCAUCGUGGGUGGCAAGUACAGGCUGAUGAGGAAGAUCGGCUCGGGCUCGUUCGGCGACAUUUACCUCGGCAUCAACAUCUCUAAUGGCGAGGAAGUUGCAGUCAAGUUGGAGAACAUGCGAGCCCGGCAUCCUCAGCUUUUGUACGAGUCAAAGCUCUACAAAAUAUUACAUGGUGGUAUAGGAAUACCACACAUACGUUGGUAUGGCCAAGAACGCGAAUAUAAUGUUCUCGUUAUGGACCUUCUUGGACCAUCACUGGAAGACCUCUUCACCUUUUGUUCAAGAAGGUUUACUAUUAAGACAGUCCUAAUGUUGGCCGAUCAGAUGAUUGGUAGGAUCGAGUAUGUUCACUGCAAGCACUUCAUCCACAGAGAUAUAAAGCCAGACAAUUUUUUAAUGGGGAUUGGACGACAUUGUAACAAGCUAUUCCUCAUUGACUUUGGAUUGGCUAAGAAGUAUAGAGACAGUCGUACAAGACUGCACAUAAUAUACCGCGAGGAUAAAAAUUUGACAGGCACCGCAAGGUAUGCGUCUAUAAACGCGCACCUUGGGAUCGAACAGAGUCGUCGCGACGAUAUGGAGUCGCUCGGCUAUGUUCUUAUGUACUUCAAUCGUGGUUCAUUACCGUGGCAAGGUCUCAAAGCUGCGACGAAGAAGCAAAAGUAUGAGAAAAUUAGUGAGAAAAAAAUGUCGACUCCUGUAGAAGUGUUAUGCAAGGGAUUUCCCGCUGAGUUUGCGAUGUAUCUCAACUACACGCGAGGUUUACGUUUCGAGGAAAGCCCGGACUACAUGUAUCUGCGCCAACUUUUCCGCAUACUUUUCCGUACAUUGAACCACCAAUACGAUUAUACAUUUGACUGGACAAUGUUGAAACAAAAAGUUGCAAGUGGUACUGUUAGUGGUGGCUUGUCGACUGCUGGACCGGGUGUAUCUCAAGGUGCUCAAGGUGCUCAAGGGCAAGGGCAAGGUCAAGGUCAGGCACCUACUCAGGCCAACGCUCAAUCAGCGAAUAUCAAGCUUAAAAGAUGGUUGAAACAAAGCUCUACAAAGCUCAACAACGUUUCGAUUGGCACAAAUCAUUCCUCCAAGAAGCAAUAACGCGCAAGGGUUCUGUAAACGCUUUUCCCUCUCUCUCUCCGAUGAAUCAACGUUUCACAAAAUUUCACAAAAAUGUCAAGACAAAGAUUUUAACUCUUUAACUCUUACUAAUGAUAACGACUGAAACUAAUGGAGAUAUAAGUAUGCUUACAUGCUAAUUAACACUUAAUUAACGUCUUAUAACAUAUUGGAUAUACAUAUAUAAAUCUAUAAACUCUCAAAUUUUCUCCUGUUGAAAGAAAUUUUUGAUGAAUAUUCAUUGAGAAUCUGUUUCUGUUGUAUCAAGUCAUAUGUUGACAAAUAUAAUUUGUCUAUUCUAUUUCAUAUAUAAUAAUUUAAUGUUAUUUAAUGUUUCGACACUAAUGUUACAUACUUUAUGUUACAUAGAAUAGCCUCAAUGCCUCAAUAACCGUUAGAUUAAUCCUAAAUUUCUACCUUGCACCAAAACAUUGUUAUGCAUAGCUUAAAAAAGUUAUAGUUUAUGUUUUACUUGCUCGCGUUAUUACUUUUGUUUGAUAAAAUUGAUAGAAUUUUAAUAUCAUGCAUUUCUAUGCAUUGCCGAGCAACUAUCAGUAUCGAUCCUGAUUUUAUUUUUAUUGCAUAUAAUUAAAUGCACAUAUUUAAGAUUGAAGAACUGAAAAAGACUUAGCAGUGUACAUUUUGUAAAUCAUCUAGUUUCACGAAAGACCUUUCUGUAUACACGUUUGCUAUACAUCUCAAUGCUAUACGAUGCAAGAAACAAAGAGAUAUAAUAACGUAAAAUGGAAAA